AUGCAUGCUCGCGAUUGGUUUUUAGUUUUUAUUGCAAUAUUUUUACCACCUGUGGCUGUUUGGAUAAAAAGAGGUUUUUUUACUAAAGAUUUUUUGAUUAAUAUUUUAUUAUUUAUAUUAGGGUUUUUCCCAGGGUUAAUUCAUGCUUUGUAUGUGAUCAGUAAACAUCCAUACGAGGAGAGUGGCUAUCACUCAUCUAUUGAUGGCCACACCAACGGGGGCCAGUAUGGUUCAAUAGUAUAA